AUGACCCCAUUAUUUCUUUUCACCUUGUGGGCAGCCGUAGCCUCGGCAGCUCAGGUGUCUGGAGUAUUUACUGGGUUUCCGAGUUUAGUUUGGCAAGCUGGUGGCAACUACUAUAAGCCAUUGCCCGAAUUUUCCAGUUGGGUUGCCACACUUGACUGGGCUAUUCAAGGUUCCAAGUUCAAGGCAGGCGACACGUUUACUUUGCACAUGCCAUGCGUCUUCCAAUUCACCGCUAAUACCCCAACUGUACAAUUGAAAGUGAAUAAUGACGUUUAUGCGACGUGUAAUUUCUACUCCGGAGAAAUCAUUACCACUUAUUCCGAGCUUCAAUGUACCAUGUCCGACCUUGUGAAUGACCAAACCGACGUCUCUGGUACUCUUACCGUGCCCAUGUUCUUUAAUACUGGUCUAACUGCCAAUGCGGUUGAUCUUACCAACGCCAAGUGUUUCAAGGCUGGUGACAAUACCGUGACUUUUACUGAUGGAAACAACGAGAUCAGUACAAAUGUUAACUUCAAUGGCGGUCAAAUGUUAGGGCCCCUUGACCCUAACAACAUUAUUGUGGGCUCCAGAUUUGUUCCCUCUCUCAAUACGCUCCAGCAUUUUUUAGCGGCGGGAAAAUGUGACAAUGGUUAUAUCAGUGGUACGUUGGGAAUCACCGUCGACAACACAAACUUGGACUGCAGCACUUUACAAGCUCAAAUCACUCUGCAACUCAACGACUGGUUCUUCCCUGAAAGCUCGCAGAACUUCAACUUUCAAACCACUUGUACUGGUAACACCUUCACCGCCACCUAUAACAAUGUGCCUGCUGGAUUCCGUCCCUUUAUCGACAUCAUGGGAUCUGCUCCUUCAGGCAACAACGGAUUUAUUGUGCACUACACCAACGACUACUUCUGUAACGGAGACCCAACCGUACACAGUAACGGACAGGGAGUGAAUUGGGGUCAGCCCCAGAAUACUGACAGUGGUUCUGACGGUAACGCAGCUGUGGUUACCACAAGAACAUGGACUGGUUCAACAACCAGAGUCACUACUUUGCCAUACAACACCGCUCCUGGUAACACCAAAACCAUCGAGGUUGAUGUUCCUAUUCCAACUACUACUGUCACCAGUACCUGGACUGGAACCAAUACUGUUACCACCACCAAGACUGCUACUCCUGGUGGAACCGCUACAGUAGUAGUUGAUGUACCUACUCCAGCAACUACAAUCACUUCUACUUGGACAGGUUCAUUUUCUACGACGAGUACGAUUACUGCUCCUUCUGGUGGAACUGAAACAGUAGUUGUGGAUGUGCCAACGCCAACUACAACUAUUACCAAGACUUGGACGGGAACUGAAACCACCACUACUACCAUUACUGCUCCACCUGGUGGAACUAACACAGUAGUAGUCGAUGUACCUACUCCAAGAACUACAAUUACCAGCACUUGGACUGGUACUAACACCACCACUGUGACUGUUCCUCCAGCUUCCUCUGGUGGAACCGAGACAGUGGUCGUUGAAGUUCCAACUCCAACUACCACAGUAACAAAAACGUGGACCGGAACUGAAACUACUACUACUACCAUUACUGCUCCUCCUGGCGGUACCAACACAGUAGUAGUUGAUGUACCUACUCCUGCUACCACCAUCACUAGCACCUGGACCGGAACUAACACUACUACUGUUACUAUCCCUCCAGCUACUUCUGGUGGAACUGAGACAGUGGUUGUUGAGGUACCAACUCCUACGACUACAAUCACUAAGACUUGGACCGGAACCGAAACCACAACUACUACCAUUACUGCUCCUCCAGGAGGAACCAACACAGUAGUGGUUGAUGUUCCAACUCCCGCCACCACCAUCACAAGUACCUGGACUGGGACUAAUACCACGACUGUCACUAUCCCUCCAGCUUCAUCUGGUGGAACUGAGACAGUCGUUGUUGAAGUUCCUACCCCUACCACCACCAUUACCAAGACUUGGACUGGAACUGAGACCACUACUACAACUAUUACUGCUCCUCCUGGUGGAACUAAUACUGUGGUAGUUGAUGUUCCUACUCCCGCUACUACCAUCACUAGUACCUGGACUGGUACCAAUACCACAACUGCUACCGUUCCUCCAGCUUCAUCCGGAGGCACUGAAACAGUGGUUGUUGAGGUUCCAACUCCUACGACCACUAUCACUAAGACUUGGACCGGAACUGAAACCACAACUACAACUAUCACCGCUCCUCCAGGUGGAACUAAUACUGUGGUAGUUGAUGUUCCUACUCCUGCUACCACCAUCACUAGCACUUGGACUGGCACUAACACCACCACUGUGACUGUUCCUCCAGCUUCUUCCGGUGGAACUGAGACAGUAGUCGUUGAAGUUCCAACCCCAACCACAACCAUUACCAAGACUUGGACUGGUACCGAGACCACUACUACAACUAUUACUGCUCCUCCUGGUGGAACUAAUACUGUGGUAGUUGAUGUCCCCACUCCCGCAACUACAAUCACAAGUACCUGGACUGGCACUAACACCACAACUGUUACCCUUCCUCCAGCUUCUUCCGGUGGAACUGAGACAGUGGUUGUUGAGGUACCAACCCCAACCACAACCAUUACCAAGACUUGGACUGGUACCGAGACCACUACUACAACUAUCACCGCUCCUCCUGGUGGAACUAAUACUGUGGUAGUUGAUGUUCCAACAUCGAGAAUUUCCGAGCCUCCUUCGAGUUCUUCAGAACUUUCCAGUUCAUCUUUGAGCUCGUCCGGAUUCUCGACACUUUCUGUCUCGUCUGUUUCGUCAUUUUCUUCAUCGGAAUCAUUGAGCUCUUCAUACAUUCCUCCAUUUUCGAAUACGUCCGUCCCUACGGUUUCAAGUUCAUCAUUGACCUCGUCUUCGAGUGUCUUGAUCAGCUCAACAUCCGUAUCCCUUACUUCCGGGGUACCAUCUUCCUCAUCUGAAGUUCCUCCAACAUCAGUGCCAACUGGACCUAGUGGACCAUCUUCUUCUGAGGGACCAUCUUCGUCAUCUGAAGUUCCAUCAACAUCUGUUCCAACCGGACCUUCUGAACUUUCAUCUUCUGAGGUACCAUCAUCCUCAGUUCCAACCGGACCUUCUGGACCUUCUUCUUCUGAGGGUCCAUCUUCCUCAUCUGAAGUUCCACCAACAUCGGUACCAACUGGACCAACUGGACCCUCUUCUUCUGUUCCAACUGGACCUAGUGUUCCAACUGGCCCAACUGAACCUACCGGCCCAACCAGUGAGCCAACUGUUCCUACUGGACCUUCUGUUCCAACGGGCCCAACUAGUGAACCAACAGGACCCACUGAACCUACUGGACCUACGGGACCAACUGGACCUUCUGGACCUAGCGUUCCAACUGGUCCUACUGGUCCUACUGUUCCAACUGGCCCAACUAGUGAGCCAACUGUUCCUACCGGACCUUCUGUUCCAACUGGCCCAACUAGUGAGCCAACUGUUCCUACCGGACCUUCUGUUCCAACUGGACCUACCGAGCCUACUGGACCAACUGAACCCACUGGUCCUACUGGACCUUCUGUUCCAACUGAACCUACCGAGCCUACUGGACCAACUGAACCCACUGAGCCUACUGGACCUUCUGUUCCAACUGGACCCACUGGACCUUCUGUUCCAACUGGACCCACUGGACCUUCUGUUCCAACUGGACCUUCUGGGCCAAACGUUCCAACUGGUCCCACCGAGCCCACUGGACCUUCUGUUCCAACCGGACCAUCUGAACCAUCUGAACCUACUGGACCUAAUGGACCAUCAGAACCCAAUGUCCCAACUGGACCUUCUAAUCCUUCAGAACCUACUACUACUGUUAUAGUGCCUCCUGCUGGAACCGUGCCUACCGACGAUACUAACGUGCCUCCAGCCACAACUGGAACACCAACCACAACUUCCGGAACACCCAUUGAGCCAACCACUUCAGGUGGAAACGGUGGAAAUGAUGGAAAUGAUGGAAAUGGUGGAAAUGGUGGGAAUGGUGGGAAUGGUGGUAAUGGAGGUGAUAAUGGAAACGGUGGAAACACCCCAUCUGGAAACUUCCCUGGCGUUUCGUCUACAGUCUCAUACUAUUCCCCACCUCAAAGUGCAAGCGUCUCCACCUAUGAAGGAAGCGCUUCAAGCUUCUCGUUCCCAUUGGGAGCGAUGGGUGUCAUUUUACUUUCGUACAUUAUUUGA